UGCCCUGUAUCGUUGUCUCCAUACUGAUAUGACUGUCGACCUGUAUCGCAAGCUACCGAUAACUUAACGCCGCCGCCGAUAGGAGUCCAGCCAAGCCGCGACCCAUCCGCCGACAAUCAGACACUGCAGCCCAGAGGACCAUUGCCACAGCCCAGGAACAGUACGACGCCGCCGAUAGGAGUCAAGCCAAGCCGCGACCCAUCCGCCAAGACGCCGAGUACACCUGACAAUCGUCCCUAUCCCACUGUCACUGUUUUUGUAUACGGACUAUGGUAAUACCAUAGUAUACUACCUAUACAAAAAUAUAUACUUUUUCCUCCAUACUUCCCCCAGUAGUAUUGUGUACGGACUACGGCAGUACCGUAGUAGUAUACCUACACAAUAUUAUUUGGAUCAACCAAUCCAUCCUCCCCUCAGGUUAUACACCCGGACACCGUGAGUUAAUAUUAUAUAUAUAUAUAUAUAUGUGUCAUCUGUGUUGUGUAUCGUAUUUACUUUUAUUAUAUGCUAAAAGCAAAUUAAUCUGACAAAAGAAAAUAAUGUAAUUUAUAAUUAAUUAUUGUAAAGAUUAUAUUACUUAAAUAAAGUAUACGGAUUUGACGCUCUAAAACGGAAAGUUUAGUAGUGUAAGUCAUUUCGUGACAAUUGGCGCCCAACUUCAAGGCUCGAUUUGGAAGAAAAUUCUACUUCGACUCCGAGAUCUUCACCAUUUUGCAAAGAAGAAAAAAAAAAAAAAAAAAAAAAAAAAAAACUACAUCUUUAAAAAUGCCACCGAAAAGGCAGACAAUCAAUGAAGAAACAUUCCAAACAUUCAAAAAAGAAAUCGAAAGGAAUAGUCAAUUUCUGGUACAACAACUAUUAAAAAAGAUAAACGAUAAUGAAGAAAACUACAAUAAAAAGAUCAAAAAUAUUAAAGAAGAUUACGAUGAAAAAAUCGAAAAACUUAAAAAAGAAGUACGAGAAAUCAACAAUAAAAAUCAAAAUAAUAUGACACGUGUGGAGGAGCAUAACGUACGGAACUCCAACAUAGAAAUAUCAAAACCGACAUUUUAUGGCAAUCAAAAAGAUCAACACCCGAUAGAUUUCUUACAAAAUUUAGAAGAAUAUUUCAAAGUCAAACAAAUAAGCAGAGAAGAAAGACUGAUCGUCAUGCGAGACUGUCUCAAGAACGCUGCAAAUAAUUGGUACUUAACAAUCAAAUUUCAAAUUAAAAAUUACUCUGAGUUUAGAGAUGCGUUUAUUGAUGAAUUUUGGUCGAGAGAAAUACAAAUUCAGACAUGGAGUAGUUGUCUCAACACAUCACAUGUACCAAAUAAUACUACAUACAGAGAACACUUCUCACAAUGGGCAUCCCGACUACGUCACCUACAAGUCCCACAAUUAUCAGAAGAAGAAAUAGUAAGGAAUAUAGCGAGUCAUUACCCAGGGUAUCUCAGAGCAAUAUUGGUAUCUCUACCAGAAAAAUCAAUUUUCAACGCCAUGAAAAUACUUAGUACCGAGGAAAAUCGUAAAGAAAGACCCGAGACAGCAAAUACAGAAAACAGUACCAGCAACCAGCCACCGAGGAACAACAAUUGGAGAAGUUCUGGCAGUGAGAGAAAUCCAAGACACGACCAGCCACGAAACAACUGGAAUGGCCAACCACAACACAACAAUCAUAGUCACCCACAAAGAAAUUGGAAUCAAAGGGGACAACAGAGAGAAAACGGCAGCGACCAGCCACAAAUCAACCAAGUCAGUGUAGAUGCGAUAGAAGAAGUAAACGAAAGAAAUGACAACCUACACACGUCACAUGCCGUCAAUAGUAUACCCACUAAUAAUAGAAUGAUUAGCCCAUAUAUACAAUGUGAAAUUGAAGGUGAGUCGAUGCAGCUAUUAGUUGACACUGGAGCAACAAUUAGUGUUCUAACAAAAGAAAUCGUGGACCGGAUUAUUCAAAACAACAACCGUGUACCAAUGUUACCGAUCAGUGGAGUCCAAAUAAGUAACGCUAUCGGGAAAAAGAUAUGCAAAAUAUCUAAACAAAUUUUUUGUGAAUGCAAGAUGGGACCAGCGACCAUUUUCGCGAACUUUGUGCAAGUGGAAAACUUAAACGAGAAGGGAAUAAUCGGGGCAGACGUUCUACGACAAUACAAUACGCAAAUAAAUUUCAGUAAUAGAACAGUGACAUGGAACAUAAAUCAAACAAUUUACCAUACACCAUUUGCGAACAUUGAACCAAAAGUCAUAACUGAGGAUCAUCAAAUGAAUAGGAUACAGAUCACUAGCAAUGAUGACGAGAACAACCAACACCUGGGGGACGAGCAGCGAUUAGAAUUUGCCCAGCUGUUGGACCAGUAUCGACAUAUAUUUUCCGACCGUCCAGGAAAAAUUGAACAAUAUCAAUGUCGAAUAAAAGUCAAAGAAGGGGAGCCAGUCUACCAGAGACCGUACCCUAUACCAAUGUCCAAGGUCGGAAAAAUGGAUAGAGAA